UGUUAUCAAUCAAUUCUCAGAAGCUUGAACUGGAAAUUGAUGAGAAAAUAAUAGACGAUUGACAUCCGUUACGGUUAGAUCCUGUCUAUUUUGUAACAAUUUUUGCCAUUUUUAAUUUUCACUCAAAAACAAGAGUUUUGGUUAGUUGUGUGCUUAUUGCUGAUAAAAAUGGUUGUACAAAAGCGACUACUUUUGGUGCUAUUUUUUACCCUUUUACCAGCAUUUAUUUUAUCACUCACAUUUCCUGACGAAAUAGAUGAACCAUACAAGAAAUCGGAUAACCUAGAUGGCCGAAGAAAUGGUAAAAAUCAUCGGUAUCGUGUUGGUUUGUCGCAACCCUCAAUGACUCCUUUACCUCCAUCCUCUUUUGUGACACCGGUUAAAAAGAGCAAUCUGUUUAAUAGUAAUUCAACUGUUAAACCUUUGAUUGGCUCAACAAGAAAAUUUGCUGAUCAACAAACAACUCUACCACCCAUCAAGCCGAAAGACAAUUCAAUUGUUUCAGAUAAAGAUGAGUCAUUUGAAACGGAAAAGGAUAAAAUCCCAAUGAAAUCUUCUGCUGAUUUUGGUAAUCGAGAGGAUUGUGUUUGUGUACCUUAUUACCAAUGUGACAAUGGUAAAGUAAUUGAAGAUGGAUCCGGUUUAAUUGAUCCAAGAAUCAAUACUAAACAACCAUCGACUAAAUCAGCUUCCGAUGAUAAAUUAAACCCAACUUCAUGUGGUACUUUUCAUGUAUGCUGUUCUGACCCUGAAACUGUGACAACCCAACCUUAUAUACAUAGAUGUGGAAUCCAACAUCCUUCUGGAAUAAAUUCUAGGAUAUUAUCGCCUGACAAAAAGGGUGAAGCUGGUUUCGGUGAAUGGCCAUGGCAGGCUGCUUUACUCAAAUCUGAACAAGAUGUCAAUGUAUUCCAAUGCGGUGGAACUUUGAUUGAUGAUUAUCACGUUAUCACCGUUGCCCAUUGCGUGAAAGACUUCGUUAACAAUCCUGAUAUACUGAAAGUACGUCUUGGUGAAUGGGAUACAGCCAAUGAGAACGAGUUUUAUCCUCAUGAAGAUUAUGACAUUCAAAAGAUUUAUAUACAUCCAGAAUUCAAAGGAAAUAAUUUAUGGAAUGAUAUUGCUCUUUUACGAUUAGGUCGUCAAGUUGAAUACAAACCAAACAUAGAUUCAGUUUGUUUACCAGAAUAUGGAGAAAAUCAUGAUUAUCAAGAAUGUACUACAACUGGUUGGGGUAAAACAGCUUACAAGGGAGGAAGCUAUUCGAGUAUAUUGAAGGAAAUAUCAAUACAAAUGGUUCCUCGGGAAAGCUGUCAAAAAGCACUGAGACAAACCCGAUUAGGAUCUAGAUUCAAGCUACACCAAGGGUUCAUCUGUGCCGGUGGAGAUGAAAGUAGAGACUCUUGCAAGGGUGAUGGAGGUGGACCUUUGGUCUGUUAUCGACAAGACGGAACCUACUCUUUGGUCGGUUUAGUUUCUUGGGGCAUUGAAUGUGGACAAAGGGGUGUUCCUGGUGUUUACGUUGAUGUAACCAAAUAUUUAGACUGGAUUGUCAGUGUUACUGGUAGAGAUUUCACCUAUUAUUCACCUUCCGCCGACAGUAAAAAGUCUUCAUCAACUUAAAGCGUUAAAAUUUAAAACAGAUUUUAUUUCAUCAGAUAUCAAACUAGCUUCCGAAAAAAUCAGCCCUUUCUUUCUUCGAAACAAAAGAAGGAAAUUUUUUUGUCAAACCAUCGAUUGCAUUGAUAUUAAGUUUAUUAUUUAGGUUACAAAAGUUCAAUCAGUGAUUAAUGAAACCAUCCA